UGUCUCACUAGCGGCAAGAACAAGUCCGUGUCGUCCGACUUACACACCUUGAACUGGAGAUUCGCCACCGUCUUCUUCUACGCUGCUGCCGCGUUCACCAUUGCGGAGAACUUUCCGAUGAAAACCCUUUCCUGUCUUGGUGCUUUGAGACUCAAGAACUUAAACUGUAAUGGAAAAGGAGGGGGGACGAAGAUUUUGUUCACUCCAUUGUUUGAACUUUGAUUCCUUCGAGGAUUUUUGGAGAUUUUGAUGGUUGUGAUCAAAGGAAAUUCUGACUUUCAGAGCUGAGAUUGUUUGUUUCAGAGGUAUUUUAUUGUCAUUUUCCCUAUUUUCAUUUAGAGGGACAUGGUGAAAAUAAAACAAGCACAUUUUGAUGGCUGUGCCUGGAAGAAGACUGAUGAAAUUUGGGUGAUCUAGCCUCUAGGUGUAAUUCCAUGGCUUACUUCAUCUAUGAGAGGCAACCUUGCAAUCCUGAAUGGAAAAAAUUUUCCCACCAAUUCCAUUGAAGCACUUCCAUUGGUAUCGCUCAAUCAAUGACCAGGAUGUCUUCUCUCUUCUGUAUACCUUGAAAACAGCGUCCAAGGAAAACAAUUUAUGGUUUAUUGGAUCGUAAAUAACUGAAUAUGGUUCCCUAUCUCAUUUUUAAGUGGUACUUCCGAACCAAAACACUUGUAGGUGUAAAAUGAAGCAUUCCUUGAAUCAGGGUAUCCUAAUAAAUCUCUUUCUUUCAUAUAUUUCCCACCAACAAAGAUAUUCACUUUUUCAUACCAAAUCCAAUCUCAUUAGGAACCUCCAAAAUUCUAAGGAUUUCACCUCUGCAACCUUGACCCAUUCCUAUGUUAUCAAAUCCGGAUUCCUAGAUGACACCUUCACCGCCAACCAUCUCCUAAACUCCUAUGUUAGGCUGGUCAGAAUUGACUUCGCACGUAAACUGUUUGAUGAGAUGCCUGAACCAAAUGUCGUGUCCUGGACCUCACUUAUGGCCGGUUACACAGGUGAGGCUAGACCUGAAUCGGUGCUUUGGCUCUUUCAGAAAAUGAAAGAAAGCUCUAUUCUGCCCAAUGACUUUACUUUUGCCACUGUGAUCAAUGCUUGCUCACUCUUAGCUAAUCUCAGGGUGGGUAGAAGUAUUCAUUCUCUUAUUCUAGUCAUGGGUUUUGGCUCUAAUCUUGUUGUGUGUUCUUCCCUUAUUGAUAUGUAUGGGAAGUGCAAUAAAGUAGAUCAAGCAAGGAUUAUUUUUGACUCAAUGCAUCACAGGAAUAUCGUUUCGUGGACUUCAAUGAUCACAGCAUAUUCUCAGAAUGCACUUGGACACUAUGCCCUUCAACUGACUAAGGAAUACAAUAAUUUGAGAUUGGGCAGUCCAAAUCACUUCAUGUUAUCCAGUGUAAUCAAUGCUUGUGCGAGUCUGGGCAGUCUUGGUUGUGGGAAAAUCACUCAUGGGGUUGUGAUCCGUCUUGGACAUGAUACAAAUGAUGUUAUUGCAAGUGCACUUGUGGACAUGUAUGCCAAGUGUGGUUGUGUUAAUUACUCUGAAAUAGUCUUCAGGAGAAUCCAAAAUCCCUUAGUAAUUCCCUACACUUCAAUGAUUGUGGGUGCUGCGAAGUAUGGAGUUGGGACACUAUCUCUGCAACUCUUUCAAGAAAUGAUUGAUAGAGGAAUCAAAGCCAAUGGAGUGACCUUUGUUGGAGUUUUAUUUGCUUGCAGCCAUUCAGGUCUAGUAGAUAAAGGGGUUGAGCUGCUAAACUCCAUGAAUAGCAAAUAUGGACUGAAGCCUGAUCCUAAGCAUUAUACAUGUGUUGUGGAUAUGUUAGGUCGAGUUGGCCGUGUUGAAGAAGCCUUCCAAUUGGCCAAAUCUGUCAAAGUUGAAAACAGCGAGGAUGAGGCUAUGUUGUGGGGUACCCUUCUUUCGGCUGGCAGGAUUCAUGGAAGGGUAGACAUUGCCCUUGAAGCCAGCAAAAGGUUAAUAGAGUCCAGCACACAAUCAGCAGGGGCUUAUGUUACUUUGUCCAAUACAUAUGUACUAGCUGGGGAUUGGGAAAAUGCUUAUACUCUAAGAUCUAGGAUGAAACAUACUGGGAUUAGAAAGGAACCUGGGUGCAGUUGGAUUGAGAUAAAGGAAUCAACAUACUUGUUUUAUGCUGGAGAUGUUUCUAAUUGUGUUCAAGGGAGUGAGAUACUGAGUUUUCUUAGGGAAUUGGAAGAGAGAAUGAAGGAAAGAGGAUAUGUAGGGGAGACAAAAGGGUUGGUGUUUGUUGAUGUGGAAGAAGAGGCCAAAGAGCAAAUUGUGAGUUUGCACAGUGAGAGACUAGCCUUGGCUUUUGGCUUAAUCAACACUCCUAAAGGAGCCAUAAUCAGAAUAAUGAAGAACUUGAGAAUGUGCAGUGAUUGUCAUGAGGCCUUCAAACUGAUUAGUGAUAUUGUAGAGAGAGAGUUCAUUGUCAGGGAUGUGAACAGAUUUCAUCACUUCAAAAAUGGCUUGUGCACUUGCAGAGAUUUUUGGUGAAAAUAUAUGCCAUGCUACUUCUAUAUUUCUCUGGAAAGCACACAGUAAUGUAGGACUGAAAUACUACACGAUUUGCAUACCUUACCACUCAAUAAACAGGACUCUUAUCCUUUUUUUCUUUUCUUUUUUUAAUCCGUAACAUUUAAGGAUGAAAGUAUUGUGUGCUUAUCCGCUUUGAAGAACUGGAUCAAAAUACAUCAAAAAUUUUCUAUGCUUUCUCAAUUUUGUACAGAUGAAUGAAAAAAAUUUGCUAUCUCUAGUCUCUUUCCCAAAAGGGCAAGGUGCUAUCUUCGAUUAAUGUCCGUUUCAUUUUUAUUCUAACUGCUCUCUAAGGUGAUUUGAGGCAUCACUUGAGCAUUCAUUUAAAGCACCUUACAUAGCCCUUCUGAUGCAGGUUAUGGGGCUUCCAAAGAUCGUGAAGGAACUUCUCUUGAUGACCAAGAACUUUCAGACGAUGAUAGGUCAUAGGGGUGAGCCGGUGAGGUGUCUAAGUCAUGGUUCAGAGGAAUCCCUUCUGAUUGGAGAAAAAAUUUCUGAUCUUCCAUAUCCGCUGCAGUGGGUUUCCAACUCAUUUUAGUUGUUAUUCCUCAGAGGGAAUGGAGGCUAUAGAACUUCCAAAGAUUGUGAAGGAACUUUUCUUGAUGACUGGGAACUUUCAAAGGCUGAUGAGGGUGAGGCAUCUGAGGCAAACUAAUGGAAUAUGGAUAAUUGGAAUCUACCCUAGAUCAGAAAGAUUUAGCAUUAGUGGGCUCAUAUCUGGACAGGUGGUGCCACAAACCAUUAGGUCCCAUUGGUUAUUAAAAAAGAAUGGAAUGGAAUAGAUUGAAAAAAUAAAGGUGAAAAAUAAAAUAAUCAAAAGGAAUAGUGAACCACAUUCAUAAAAGAGAGGAUUAAUUUAAUUCAUAGAGUUGAGAAUCAUGAUUGAUGAGAUUUUUGGAGGAGAUGGUGAUUCUCACAUUUGUAACAUAUAUUAAUGAGUUUUAUCAUGUUUAUUAUGAGGAGAAAGGAUGAUUUAAUUUAUUUUUGUGUUGAUUUUUUUUAAUUCAUUCCAUUUCAUUCGUUUCUAAUAACCAAACAGAACCUUAAGGUUCAGACAAUAGUAGCUCUAUAUUGGCUAGGUUUGGGAAAAGAGGAUCAAGGAAGUUUUGGCAUCUCUUCUCCCUGUAAAAAAUUGCUCUUCGUAUCUUUGAUUUUCCUUUCUUCCCCCUGCAUUAUCUCUUUUUGUUUUCGGCUAUUAUUUGUGUAUUCAUCUAAUAUUCUAGGUUGAUGAUAGAUCACAAUAAUGUCAUGCAAUUCAUAUAGCCGUCCUCAUCUAUUAGGAUAAAGCUGCUUGUUGUCAUCAUCGUCAUCGUUGUUGUCAUCUAGUAUGAUCAGACUAAGCUGACCUGGGGUUACUGAUAUAUGUAAUCAAACUGAUAUUAGCAGUGAUUAAGUGCAGUACUGUUCUUUUUC